AUGGCCACGUUGUCCAAGACGCAGGAAACUCUGGCCUUGAUGGCGCUCGCCGUGCUCGCCAACGCCGCCGUCGCUGCAGGCGACGACGCGUCUUCCUGCCCCAAGCUCACCCUCCACAACCUCUGUCCAUACCCGGUCUGGCCGCUCGUCACCGCCAACACCGGGUACCCCUCCGUCGCCGGCACUGACGACGCCCGACUCGACGGGAACGGCGAGGGCCUGGUGACCAUGGCGCUGCCGCAAGGCGCGUGGUCGGGCCGCGUGGUGGCGCGCACGGGGUGCGCUGACGACGAUGGCAUGUCGGCGUGCGAUGACGACUGCGCUCCGCAGUGCGAGACCGGCAACGCGCCGCCGGCGACGGUGGCGCAGGUGAGCGUGGGCGGGUCCGGCGGUCUGGCGGUGUACAGUGUGAGCCUGGUGGAUGGGUUCAACGUGCCCAUGGUGGUGACGCCGCACGACUUCGCGGAGGGGGCGCAGUGCCCGACGUUGGGGUGUGCCGUGGACCUCACCCAGGACCAGGAGUGCUGCCCCGCCGGCGCCGUGGCGCCCCAGGGCGGCUGCGGAGCCGGGGGCGCGCAAGCGGCGCUGUUCAAGGCCAAGUGCCCCGACACGAGGACAACCUCUACGGACGUCGAGGCAACGCCGCAGGAAUGCAUCGCGCCCGGCGAGCUCAAGGUCGUCUUCUGCCCGGCACGGGACUGCACGGGCAGUUGUAACUAG